GGCAAUAUCUCGGUGAGGUCAUAGACAUACGACACGGAAAUCCUCGUACAGUCGCAAAUACUAUUGAUUGUUGUUGAUAGUAUUUGGAACAUGGGUCAUUUUGCAAGUUAACAGUUGCUAUAUAUAUAUAUAUAUAUAUACAUAUAUAUAUUUAUAUAUUUGGUGAGAAAGUCAGUGGCCAAUGAGGUGAGCAUUAGCCCAACAUGGCUGCGUCCUCCUCAGACUCUCAGGGACUCCCUUUGGCCGCGUCCGGCGUGACUUCUGAGGACAAGUCCACUUCUGAGAGCAAGUCCACUUCUGAGGACAAGUCCGGCGGUGAGCAGCCGGUGAAGAAGAAGCAGUGUCGUGCGUGUACGGACUUUACAUCGUGGAUGAAGAAACAGAAGCGCCAGACGACGUCUGCUGUGGAGGAGUCCAAAGAGCCUCAAGACCCUCAAUGCCCACUUGACCGGGAGGAACUGGGUCGCAACACCUGGUCCUUUCUGCACACCAUGGCGGCGUAUUACCCGGAGACACCUACUCCCGGCCAGCAGCAAGACAUGGGACACUUCUUUCACCUCUUCUCCAAGUUCUUCCCCUGUGAUGAAUGUGCAGAGGACCUCAGGGACAGACUAAGAAGCAAUCAGCCGGACACCCGCAGCCGUCACGCCUUGUCUCAGUGGUUGUGUCGACUCCACAACAACGUCAACGUGCGUCUGGGGAAGCCGGAGUUCGAUUGUUCCCGAGUGGACGAGAGAUGGAAGGACGGAUGGAAAGAUGGUUCCUGUGACUGAGACAAAUCCUCCCAGAACUUUCCGAGUGUGGAAGCGUUCCGCUUCUGCGCACGUGGAAGGAAAUUAUUUCAUUCCAAGUGGAGUUGCUGUCAACAGAAUGGAGAAAAGGUCCCUUUACGACCAACACUAAUGCUAAGAUGCAGUAGUAACUCGGCUUAUGAGUCUCCUUCUCCUCUCACAAAAUAUUCUUAUUUCAAAUCAAUAUUACCCUUUGAAAUUCAUUUCUGCGAGCCCUAAAAAACACAAAAAAUUUGUCAUGUAACUUGCUUUUUAAUAAGAAAAAUAAACUUCUACAUAAGUACAUUUUAUGUAUAAAGCGCUUUUCACAGAUCAAAUGACAAAGCACUGUACAAAACGUAGGUGAAGUAAAACAACAAUUCAAUGAAAACACCAUAAAAAGGAUACAAAGUGGAUUAAAAUUGAUAGUUAAAAGGUGCAUUAACUAAAAGCUUUACUAAAAAGAGAAAUUUUCAAUUAUUUCUUAAAAGUUCUAACAGUCAAGAUCACGGAGGAACUGGUGCAAAUUGUUCCAGAGUCUGGGAGCUAUAGCCUGGAAUGCCAGGUCUCCACAGGUUUUAAAACCAGUUUUUGGGAUCUUUAGAAGACCCUGGCCUGAAGACCCUGAAGAGUAGGUGCAUAGCAAAUCAGUAAUGAAUAUUGGAUCAAACAAGAUUAUAGAAUCUACAACUACAGUAAUAUUGUACAGCAUUUACUAGGGGUGUAACGGUACACAAAAAUUUGGGUUCGGUACGUACCUCGGUUUAGAGGUCACAGUUUGGUUCAUUUUCGGUACAGUAAGAAAACAACAAAAUAUACAUUUUUGGGUUAUUUAUUUACCAAAUUUGCAAAAUCUUCCACCAAAAAUAUUUGUCUUAGUGUAAUAUUUGAUGUGAAGUAAUGGGAACCUUGGAUAGGUCAAUAAUUCAUAACAACAUUGAUUUUGAUUCAAUAUUAUGUUUUGAGCAAUGACAGUUUGAAAGAAAAAAAAAACAGCUUUGUUUUAUUAGUCAACAUUGCAACUUUUUCUAAAUGACAUUUCACCUUUAAGCUUUUUUAUUUCACUUUUGUUCUGUUUUUGUUGAUUUGAAUAGUAUUUUUAGAAUGUGCCGUGGGCCUUUAAAACAUUAGCUGUGGCCUCCGGGACACACUUUUGACACCCCUGCUAUAGAUAAUAAAACAUUAAAUGUGAUAAAUCUAUGGAUAAAAAGCAGAGCCUGGCGACGCAUGCGCGUUUAUCAUAACUCUCUCUCUCUCUCUCUGCCCCUCCCUCACCAAUGCUGCUGUUUAGUUUUGUUUUUAACCCCUUCUUAACCCUGGACGUACAUUGAAAAUACACGCAACCCUAACUCAAAAUGCCGGACAUUUGAGGCAUUUGAGAAACUCCGCCCUGACAGCCCCGCAAAAGAGGACAUAUCCUAGCCCGUUAGCUACUAGCAUGCCGUGUGUUGUGCCUCGGUGUGCAUUGUUUACACAACGUGCGUUACGCUACUUAAUAUGUCCGUGUGGAAACUCGUUCGGUACACCUCUGAACCGAACCGGAACCCCUGUACCGAAACGGUUCAAUACAAAUACACGUACCGUUACACCCUUAAUAUUACCCUUUGAAAUUCAUUUGUUCUGGGAGCCCCAAAAAACGCAAAAAUUGUGUCAUGUAUCAUGCUUUUUAAUAAAAAAAUAAACUUCUACAUAAGUAAGUAAGUACACUUUAUUUAUAAAGCGCUUUUCACAGAUCAAAUGACAAAGCGCUGUACAAAACAUAGGUGAAGUAAAACAACAAUUCAAUGAAAACAUCAUAAAAAGGAUACAAAGUGGAUUAAAAUUGACCGUUAAACGGUGCAUUACCUAAAAGCUUUACUAAAAAGAGAAUUUUUCAAAUGUUUCUUAAGUUUUAACACACUGGUGCAAAUGAUUCCAGAGUCUGGGAGCUAUAGCCUGGGAUGCCAGGUCUCCACGGCUUUUAAAACCAGUUUUUGGGAUCUUUAGAAGACCCUGGCCUGAAGACCCUGAAGAGUAGGUGCAUAGCAAAUCAGUAAUGAAUAUUGGAUCAAACAAGAUUAUACAAUCUACAACUACAGUAAUAUUGUGCAGCAUUUACCUUACAGAGUGUACUUCUCUAUAUUUUCAUGGAUAAAUGUCUGCUAUAUAGAGAAAUAUUGGAUGGACGUUAUUAUUAGCCAUUGCUAUCGGUUUUUGUUUUACUGUGGCAUUGGUUGCACCAACUAUCUGUGACGAGGUAUCUGAACUUGGCUCCUAAUCCAAAUGUUUGUUUUGCAAUUGAAAUGGUAAGGUGACACUGGUACGCCAGAGUGUAUGGACAUUGUGUCGGACAGGCACGUGCAGACAUCCUGAGGGGCUCAAGAAAGGGCACCCUUCGUGAAAAUGGACAAGUCAAUGAUUAUUACAAUUCCAUAAGUCACAGCUGGGAUAUUUUCAGAUGUAGUUGUAUUCAAACAGACAAUAGAAGUAAGCGUGACCUGGCUGGUCCAUUCCCUGCUGUGUCUCGCCCUGGAUCCCAACCACCAAUCAGAGUGCGGCAUGGAGCUAAAAACAAAGCUGGGUCACGUCAGUAUCUUGUGCAAACAGCUAAGGUGCCACCAACAUACCACUUGCACAGCCACACCGACGCCUUAGACAUGAUUUGUAAUCACUUAGCAAAAGCCAUAAAUCACAUGAUGAGUGACUGUAAAGUACAGUACACAUUUAUUUGGACUCUUUCCUGCAGCGUUGAAACAUGAACAGUAUCAGACUAAUAAUGUACCACAAUCAUACUUGCCAACCAUCCCGAUUUUCCCGGGAGACUCCCGAAUUUCAGUGCCCCUCCCGAAGAUCUCCCGGGGCAACCAUUCUCCCGAUUGCCACCCGGACAACAAUAUUGGGGGCGUGUCUUAAAGACACUGCCUUUAGCGUCCUCUACAAGCUGUCGUCAUGUCCACUUUUCCUCCAUACAAACAACAUGCCGGCCCAGUCACAUGAUAUAUGCGGCUUUUACACACACACUACAGCAGGGGUCACCAACGCGGUGCCCGCGGGCACCAGGUAGCCCGUAAGGACCAGAUGAGUAGCCCGCUGGCCUGUUCUAAAAAUAGCUCAAAUAGCAGCACUUACCAGUGAGCUGCCUCUAUUUUUUAAAUUGUAUUUAUUUACUAGCAAGCUGGUCUCGCUUUGCCCGACAUUUUUAAUUCUAAGAGAGACAAAACUCAAAUAGAAUUUGAAAAUCCAAGAAAAUAUUUUAAAGACUUGGUCUUCACUUGUUUAAAUAAAUUCAUUAAUGUUUUUACUUUGCUUCUUAUAACUUUCAGAAAGACAAUUUUAGAGAAAAAAUACAACCUUUUUUAAACACAUAUACC